GGCGGGGCCGCGCUCUCCCCGCAGCCGCCGCCGCAGCCGCCGCCUGGGCCGCCCCGUGUCCCCGGUGGAGCCGCCGCCGCCGCCGCCGGGAGCUCGAUGCGGACGGAGCCCGGGCCGGGCCAUGGGGAUCCUCAGCAUCACGGACCAGCCGCCCCUGGUCCAGGCCAUCUUUAGCCGAGAUGUGGAGGAAGUGCGUUCCCUCCUCUCGCAGAAGGAGAACAUCAAUGUACUGGACCAAGAGAGGCGGACCCCAUUGCAUGCUGCUGCCUAUGUAGGCGAUGUCCCCAUCCUCCAGUUGCUACUGAUGUCAGGUGCUAAUGUCAAUGCUAAGGACACACUGUGGCUGACCCCUCUUCAUCGUGCUGCUGCUUCCCGAAAUGAGAAGGUGCUGGGACUGCUGCUGGCACAUUCAGCAGAUGUGAAUGCCCGGGACAAGCUGUGGCAAACACCACUGCAUGUGGCUGCUGCCAACCGGGCCACGAAGUGUGCUGAGGCUCUGGCACCCCUGUUGAGUAGCCUCAACGUGGCCGACAGGAGUGGGCGCAGUGCCCUGCACCAUGCAGUGCAUAGUGGGCAUCUGGAGACGGUGAACCUGCUCCUGAACAAGGGAGCCAGCCUGAAUGUCUGUGACAAAAAGGAGCGGCAGCCUCUGCACUGGGCAGCUUUUCUGGGGCAUUUGGAGGUCCUAAAACUGCUGGUGGCACGGGGAGCAGACCUCGGCUGCAAGGACCGCAAGGGCUAUGGGCUGCUCCACACAGCAGCGGCCAGUGGCCAGAUUGAAGUGGUGAAGUACCUGCUCCGGAUGGGGGCUGAGAUCGACGAGCCCAACGCUUUUGGAAACACAGCUUUGCACAUCGCCUGCUACCUGGGCCAGGAUGCUGUGGCCAUUGAGCUGGUGAAUGCAGGAGCCAAUGUCAACCAGCCGAAUGACAAGGGCUUCACGCCACUGCACGUGGCUGCAGUCUCUACCAAUGGCGCUCUCUGCUUGGAGCUGUUGGUCAAUAAUGGGGCUGAUGUCAACUACCAGAGCAAGGAAGGGAAAAGUCCUCUGCACAUGGCUGCCAUCCAUGGUCGUUUCACCCGCUCCCAGAUCCUCAUCCAGAAUGGCAGCGAGAUUGAUUGUGCCGACAAAUUUGGGAACACGCCACUGCACGUGGCUGCUCGCUAUGGACACGAGCUGCUCAUCAGCACCCUCAUGACCAAUGGCGCGGAUACCGCCCGGCGCGGCAUUCACGACAUGUUCCCUCUGCACUUAGCUGUUCUCUUUGGAUUCUCUGACUGUUGUCGUAAGCUUCUUUCCUCAGGUCAGCUGUAUAGCAUUGUAUCUUCACUCAGCAAUGAGCACGUGCUUUCAGCUGGGUUUGACAUCAAUACGCCUGACAACCUUGGCCGCACCUGUCUUCAUGCUGCUGCUUCUGGAGGGAACGUUGAAUGUCUUAAUUUGCUGUUGAGCAGUGGAGCUGACUUGAGGAGGAGAGACAAAUUUGGAAGGACCCCACUGCACUACGCAGCCGCCAACGGCAGCUACCAGUGUGCAGUCACGCUGGUGACGGCUGGUGCGGGCGUCAAUGAGGCCGACUGUAAAGGCUGCUCUCCGCUCCACUAUGCCGCUGCCUCUGACACCUACCGGAGAGCGGAACCUCACUCAUCUUCCAGCCACGAUGCUGAAGAGGACGAGCCACUGAAGGAGUCCCGCAGGAAGGAGGCCUUCUUCUGUCUGGAGUUCUUACUGGAUAACGGUGCAGACCCCUCCCUGCGGGACAGGCAGGGCUACACAGCUGUGCACUAUGCAGCCGCCUACGGCAACAGACAGAACCUCGAACUGCUCUUAGAAAUGUCCUUUAACUGCCUGGAGGAUGUGGAGAGCACCAUUCCAGUCAGCCCUUUGCACUUAGCUGCCUACAACGGUCACUGUGAAGCCCUGAAGACACUGGCCGAGACGCUGGUGAAUCUGGAUGUAAGGGACCACAAGGGCCGGACCGCGCUUUUCCUGGCCACCGAGCGGGGCUCCACCGAGUGUGUGGAGGUACUUACGGCCCACGGCGCCUCCGCACUUGUCAGGGAGCGCAGACGCAAGUGGACGCCCCUGCACGCUGCUGCUGCCUCUGGCCACACUGACUCCCUGCACUUGCUGAUCGACAGUGGGGAACGAGCUGACAUCACAGAUGUCAUGGAUGCCUAUGGACAAACCCCACUGAUGCUGGCCAUCAUGAAUGGCCAUGUGGAUUGUGUCCAUCUGCUGCUAGAGAAAGGAUCCACAGCUGAUGCUGCUGACCUCCGGGGCCGCACCGCCCUCCACCGUGGGGCAGUGACCGGCUGUGAGGACUGCCUGGCCGCCCUGCUGGACCACGACGCGUUUGUGCUGUGCCGAGACUUCAAGGGCCGCACCCCCAUUCACCUGGCCUCAGCCUGCGGCCACACCGCCGUGCUACGGACACUGCUGCAGGCUGCCCUUUCCACAGACCCCCUGGAUGCUGGCGUGGAUUACAGUGGAUACUCGCCCAUGCACUGGGCCUCCUACACUGGACAUGAAGAUUGUCUGGAGUUGUUACUUGAACACAGCCCGUUUUCAUACCUGGAGGGAAACCCCUUCACUCCUUUGCACUGUGCAGUAAUUAAUAACCAGGACAGCACCACAGAGAUGCUGCUGGGAGCUCUGGGUGCCAAGAUUGUGAACAGCCGAGAUGCCAAAGGACGGACCCCUCUUCACGCCGCUGCCUUCGCGGACAACAUAUCUGGGCUCCGGAUGCUCCUGCAGCAUCAAGCCGAGGUGAACGCCACUGACCACACCGGCCGCACCGCGCUCAUGACGGCGGCCGAGAACGGCCAGACCGCUGCUGUGGAAUUUCUGCUGUAUCGAGGGAAGGCAGACCUUACUGUGCUGGAUGAGAACAAGAACACUGCCCUCCACUUGGCUUGUAGCAAGGGCCAUGAGAAAUGUGCCCUCAUGAUCCUGGCAGAAACCCAAGACCUUGGCCUUAUCAAUGCUACCAACAGUGCGCUGCAGAUGCCACUCCACAUUGCUGCCCGGAAUGGUCUUGCUUCUGUGGUGCAGGCCCUGCUGAGUCGUGGGGCCACAGUGCUGGCUGUGGAUGAAGAAGGUCACACCCCAGCGCUGGCCUGCGCCCCCAACAAAGAUGUGGCAGACUGCCUGGCCUUGAUCCUCUCCACCAUGAAGCCUUUCCCACCCAAGGACGCCGUCAGUCCUUUCAGCUUCAGCCUGCUCAAGAACUGCGGCAUCGCAGCAGCCAAGACGGUGGGUGGCUGCGGCGCCCUGCCCCACGGGGCUUCCUGCCCCUACAGCCAGGAGCGGCACGGCGCCAUUGGCUUAGACGGCUGCUACUCGGAGUAGCCCCCCUUCGGUGUCCCUCCCCCUGCCGGUGGCUUGAUAUCUUAUUCUAUUUAUUUAGAAAAAGUCUAUACAUUUAGGGCACUUUAAAGGAGAACACGACUGGGUGGGGGGGACAGAGCGGGGGGAAGAAGCACUGGGGAGCAGCUGCUCACCCCUUUGCCACACCAUCCUGGCCUGGCAGGGGUCUGGGACCGACAGGGAGCACCCCAGGCCCUUGGCACCCCCAGGGCAACCCCUUCUGCCAAGUGUCCCCAAAUGAUUGCUAAAUGCCUGGCUACCCUCUCUUUUACCCCAUCUCUCGGUUUCCCCUUUCUGCUGCCAACUCCCCCUUCCCUUCCCUCUGUCUCCCCUCUCUGGGUCCCCCUGCCCCUACUGCCAGGCAGAUCCUUCCUCCUCUUCCAUACCCAUCACUGCCUCCCUGCUCGGCUGGCCCCUCCACCCCCGCAGCAGUGAGAAGCCUUAAUUUCUGGUACUGUGUGAGCACUCUGGGGGUGUCCCCCCCCCCCUUCAGGGGCAGCUAGUGGAUGAGGGGGGAGGGUAUUUAGCACUGGGGCCUGGAGCUUUUCCCCAUUUCUGUACCCUGUCACCCCUAAAGUUCAAAUGCAAAACACUUGAAGCAGCAACUACUGUACCUGGGCCCCAAUCCUGCACUCUCCCCUGGCUCCUCAUAUGCAAAUCAAGGGCUGGCUCUGCCCCCACAGCCUGCUCCUCCCUGACUCCCUGCCUCGCUGGCCUGGCCCCCUAACCACGCACUUUAACCUUGCUUCUUUCUUUUCACUUCUUUUGGGAGGGCAGAGCCUGUGGCCAUUCCCGCCCUGGCUCCCCCUCCCUUAACUUUGAGGCUUGUCAUGAAUUUUUAAGUAAGCAUUUUAUCCUUUAGGGAAAGAAACAAAUUAAUUUCCUGCCCAUUUCAAAACCACAGCCCUAGUAUGUCCUGUGUGUUUCAGGCAUGUGUUUGCAUGUGUGGGGAGGGAAGGACCGUGUUCUUCCUCCUGUGCCCCCCAAACCUCAUAGUUCCUCUGUGCCCGCACCUUCCGUUAUGUCCAAGAGUACCCACCGCCCCCAGUCACUCCUGAUCUGAAGCCAAAGAUGGUGGGAGGGGCAGGGCAGACUAGGGAUCGUGGACGACUCGGGACCGGCUUCCCCUCCAGUGUGAGGAUGAAGCUCUGAUCUAGGGAGCGAUAAAUACCCGCUGAGGCUUGGUCCCUGCCCUCCUGGCCUUGGGGAGAGAUGGGAUUGAGCGAGGGGCCGCACUGAGAAGAUUCCCAAAAGUCGCACCCCAAAAGCCAAACUGGGCCGGAGUGAGGAGGGGGCAGUUUUCUCUCUAAAUGUAGCAUUGAAUUUGGCCCUGGUCCCUUCCAACGCCCUGUCCAUCCAUCUCCCAGCUAAGCCUCCUGGACAGUUGGACCCACUCCCACAGCCCAGUGUUCCCUUCCUCACACUCAAUACCUCAGCCAGGGGCCAAGACACAGAACUUGAAUAGAGGUCAUGCCCCCUCCACUCCCACAGUGCACCCUUGCCCAGUUUGGCUGCCAUCAGUAUUGUCCCCUGAGAACUGGACAGGCUUCGUUUACAUAGUACAGGGUUCCCCCCACCCCCCGCCCCACCGCCCCCCGGGGGAUCCCUCAGUUUCCUUCCCCCACCCACGCUUGCUUUGUUCACAACCUCACCCACUUUUCAGUCGUGUCCCCUGAAAGUCUUGCUGCCCUCGCCAAGGGGGUCCUGAGGGGAGAGGGGGGCAUCCCAGGGACCCCUCCCUCCCUAACAGAUACCCUUAACCAUACCUCAUGCUGGUUCCCUGAAGCCUGGGGUGUUUGUCCAAGUCCUUAUUCUUUUUGUCAUGGUCUCUAUUCCCUCUCUCUGUGUCUUGCAUCCCCCAAACCUCAGUUCCUAAACCAUUUCAAAGCUUCCAAAUGACCAUUAUUGGUGAGAAGGAUUGUGCAGCUUUUAGUUUUUAAUUUUGUUUUCAAAGCCAAAGGGCCUUGCGACGCCCCUCUUGCCCACCUCCCUUUCACACCCUGCCCUCCCCAAUACGACAAUCAAUGUGACCUCUCUUAAGGGCUGCAGCCCCCCACCCCCAACCCUGCUGGUUCUGCAAAGCUUGCCCCUAACUUCAACUCUCUCUCCUCAAAUCUUCCCAUUCCACCCCCUCCCUCUCAUUUUGGUGCUGGGAAUUAGGUGACGGGGGGUAGGGGGGCAGGGAGUGGGCAGAGAGAUGGGUCCUCCAGAGAAGACUCUCGGGGUAUCAGUGGGGAAUCAGUCGUGUUCUCCUUUAUCAAUGUUUGGCGAUGACAGGAAGAAUCUGAGUAUUUAUCAGGAGCCCCAUUGUUUUGCUAGAUGAGAUUUCUGGCUGCUUCCUCUUCCCCCGCUGCCCCUUCAGCACACCGUCAGCAGUGCUCGGGCAGGUCGUGGGGAGUCCCCUGCCCCUCCUCGUGCGGCUGUGAGGAGGCAGAUGUGGAGGACGAGCAGCCCCCUCUCCUUAUGCCAAAGGAAAUCCCACACCCUACCCCGGGCUCCCCAGCCCCUAGUGUUUUUUGAAGUGUUUUGACCAUUCUCAUGGCCACUGCAUAUUUAUUUUAAUGUUAAGAUUUUUUUUUAAACCUCUUUGACUUAAACGGGUGUGGAGAAGUAAAGCAGGCAGAAUGCCCCCCAAUCUUAAGGGGGUAGGGUGGGGAGGAAACACCUCCUUCCCUUCGCCCUCCCUCUUCCCUCCCCCUCUCCCCACCGCAGCUCUAAAGCACUUGCUUCAAGUAAUAAGCACUUUUGAGAAAAGGCCUAUUUUAAGUGAGGACCCUGGGAACAGCCCCAGGUCCCAGCAAAGGAGACAGAGCGAGGGCUACAUAGGAGACAGGGAAACAGGCUUGUGAAUCAGAGGGCGAGUUGAAAAGAGCCAGUUUUUAGUUUCUGAUUUUUGGGGAGAUGUUUCUGAUUGGGCGGUGGCUUUGGUAGGGUUGUGUACUAUCCUUCAGAAAAACAAAUGGCACAAACUGUGGGUCCCAGGAUGGGCCAACAGACCCGGGUCACUGCCACUGUCCAACUGAGACUGACGGGCCACCUCCCCCGCCGUGGCCCCCUGAGCCAUAGGACUGCUGAAAACCACUGAAUGUACAGCCCAGGUUGGGGUGGGGAGCAGCCCCUGGGGGAGGGGGCUUCUCCUUCUGUUUGGUGCUGUGGGGGGUGGGAGAGAUGAGAUGAGGGACUGCCACCCCACUUAGACAUGUGUUUCUUGGGGUGGAGGGGCUGAGGAGGGCUUACCUCCCUCUCCAACCCCAGCAUGGCCCCUCUUCCUUCCUCAUCCCUAUCCGUUUUGACUGUAAGUCCAGCUCACCUUUGCCUUCAAUAUGUAACCAAAGGAAAACUCAAUACUGUUUCCACCGCUGUCUGCCCA